ACAGCACUGAAAACAAGAUGAUCUUCCUGCACGGUCUGGCUUUAGCCGUAUAUGAAUUUCAGAGAUACCUCAAAUACCGCGAUGAUCAGAGACUAGAGAUGCUGAAGCGGGAGGCAGAUCAGCAAGCCGCUGAGGCGUACGCCGCCCAAGAAAAACUAAUGGUUGACAAUGCAAUGGAGGCUGACAGAUUGGCCGUAGCUGCUGCUGUAGAGAAGGCCGAGGCUGCUGCUGCUGCAGCAGAUGCUGGAUAUGCCGCCUGGAAGGAAGCUCUGAUUUUUGCAGCUCUGGAGGCAGAGAGAGUGUCGGCAUAUUCCUCGAAGAACGCUGGGACCCCUGCAAACGUUGGAGGUGAAGAGAUUGGAGGCAGUGGCAUUGGAGAAGGCCCACAAUUAUGCAGCGCUGGAGGAGAAGAGAGCAGCUGCAGCUCUUGCCUUGGAGAGGGUCCAGUCUGCUGCAGCUGGUACUGACCUCUCCAGUGGUGAGGACGCUGCAGCUGCUGUUGCAGCCUCCAAUGCCGACACCGUUCCAGCCAAACAGGACAAACCCAAGAAGAAGGGCAUCUUCGGAGGCAUGAAGACUGGCUUCAUGCUGUAAAUGCUGCUUUCUGAUUGGUCCUCGGCAGUCUACUUCAUCCUUUCAUGACCCAUGCGCAUGUCCUCCACUAACGGCCUUGACCCUGAUUGAAAUCGUUACGUGCGAUAAACCUUUUGCUCUGUGUAUUGAACUCUUCUGAUCUAAUUUUGAAGAGCUGCAUAAAUUUGAGGCUGAUGGGUAUAGGGUUUUAAGAUAUUAACUUGUAAUUGUAAUUUCAUAUCAAAGAUUUUGAUUUACAUCAAAGAUCUCAAUUCGUAUGUUGAGGACUGUGAGAUGAAUAUAUCUCAUACAUGUAUAUGCGGACCAGCAGGAACACUGCCAUAUUGUGACGGGAGUGUGCCGGACUAGAACCUGCUUAUGUUGUGAGGUGUUAGGA